AUGGCAGCCCGCCUGUUGCCUCUCGCUGCUCUCGUAGCGAGCGUGUCCGCGGUCUCGGUUCCCCUCGAAGAGACGAAGACGAAGACGAGUCCCGGCGUCCUCUCGCUGCCUGUUUAUCAGGACAUCAGAAUUCAUCCAUUGGAGAAUUUGAGGAGACGACAAGUAACAGACACGGAUGCCCCGGUUCUCAAUGUAACAUCGACAACCUACUUGAUUGAGCUCAUGAUCGGCACUCCCGGCCAAGACACCAAGGUCGCCAUCGACACCGGAUCCUCCGAGCUUUGGGUCAACCCCAACUGCGUCAAUGCCGGCAGUAACGCCCAGACACAGUCCUGCAGAGCCAACGGCCAGUACAACCCGGAAGAUUCGUCAUCCGCGACGAUUACUAGCCAGACGGGCAGCAUCACGUAUGGCAAAGGGAAGGUCAUUUUGCAAUACGUGAACGAUAAUAUCGCCAUUCCCGGCAGCGACAUUGCGCUGCGGAGAACCUACUUCGGUUAUGCCACUGACAGUAUCGACCUUAACAGGGGUAUUCUCGGUCUCAGCUUCGGCGAGGCCGUGAACAACACUGGCUACCGUACCGUUGUUGAUGAGAUGAAGGCACAGAACGUCAUCGAGUCACUGACUAUGGGCAUUGCGCUCGGAACCAAGGACGAGAAGACGGGUAGCGGCCUCAUCUCUUUCGGUGGUGUCGACACCAAGAAGUAUAGCGGCAAUCUGCACACUGCGCCCAUCCUUCCGCCUCAGAACGGUGAGAACUUGUAUAGAUACUGGGUUCAACUCGACUCGGUUGGUUUGAGCAAAUCCGGCAGUAACGCCAAGACAUACUCCAACUCCAAAUUUCCCGUCUUCUUCGAUACUGGAGCCACCCUCAGCUAUCUCCCAUCGGCCUUGGUCGAUCAACUCGGAAGUGACCUGGGCGGUCGCCUCGACUCUUCGGUUAACAUGUACGUUGUGCCGUGCAACUCCCGGGGCACGAUCGACUUCAAGUUUGGCGACUAUACGAUGAAGGUGCCCUUGUCUGAGUUCAUCUGGCAAGUGAGCAGUAGCGAUUGCGUCCUCGGUGCAGACAAGGCCACGGACGGCGCCUAUCUUCUUGGCGACUCAUUCCUCCGUUCGACAUAUGUCGUUUUCGACCAAGAGACACCUGCUCUUCACUUCGCCCCCUACGUCAACUGCGGUACCAAUCUGCAAAAGAUUCCCCUUGGCGACAACGCGGCCGCCCGCUUCACUGGCGAAUGCCAGGCCGGCUCUAACAACGGCGGCGGCGGCGGCGGCGGUGAUAGCUCCGGUAACGAUGAGAACGCUGCUGGCCGCUCCACUGCUGCCAACAUUUGGAUUGCAACCGGCGCUCUGUUGGCUGUCCAAGUCUUCAUGUCCUUUCUUUAA